AUGAACCAGCAAGAUCGCAAACGUGCUUUCGGCAAUGCUUUCCAAGGUGCCUCAAAUCUCUCGAGUCAUCCGCAUCGCAAGGCCCUCCGCAGUGUCGUCGCCUCGUCUCCUGCUUCGACACCACAAAUCUUCUACGCGCCUACAUUCUCGUUCGGUUCCGACAAAGAGAACGAGGCACUAUAUCUGCCGGCCCAGGACAAGUUUGCCAAGCCCUUCGAUGGCUACCGACAUUGUCUUCAGCUUCCUCCACGUACCUCAUCUCUUCGUGGUCUAUCGGAGCUGCCUGUCGCCGGCCAUGGCUUUGAACAAACCUAUAUCACCCCCCGCAUGGAUAUAGAUCAAGGCUCGAGUUCACCGCUGGAUCAGGUCUUGGGUGCUUAUUCCAACGAGCCCGGCCCCAUCGUCUUCGAGGACCCAGUCGGAGGCGUGGGUCCGCUGACUCCGAGUGCGCUUCACUUCCAGACUCUUUCACUGCUAGACCCGCCUCGCAGGUAUCGGCCAGAUCUGACGUCGCAGUCCGCUGUCGAUAUCAAUGCUGCCCGUACCAGUGUCUUCACCAUGCAGUCGAGCGAUCUUCAAUACUGUUUCUCCGAGAUCCAGAGGGACGACGUCAUGAUCUCUUUCGACAAGGGCAAGCAAGUCAUGAAGCUUAACAAGUACCUCUUGUGUACAGAGUCUCGUUUCUUUGCACCGAUGCUCGACGGUCCAUCCCUUGAAGGUCAAACACGCUGCAUCCGCGUCCGCGACGACUUCCCCUACGCCAUCGCAGCCAUGAUCCAGUACAUUCAAGACGGAAUCUACAUCUUCAACCCCAACAUGCGCCUGGAGUACGAGAACAUCACCCUUCUGGACCUCCACGUGCACGCGUACGUUGUCGGAAACAAAUACGACGUCGCCAAGCUAUGCGACCACGCUAUCGGAGAGUACAUCAACAUCGUCGGAAUGGUCCUCAGCAUGGGCCUGCCUUCUGGUGGAGACCCAACCGACUUCUCCCACAGUGCCGCCGAUUUCGAUCACAAGCAUGUUGACGCUGACCCCGUCUCGUCGGUUCUCAACUCUUUCCUUGAUUCUCUGGUUCUCGUCUGGCGCAACACUAUAGAUGGGAACGAUAUGUUACGCCAGGCUAUUCUCGAGCUGCUGAAGCCUCACAUAAACCAACUCAUGCGCUUGAAGUUCUUCCAGACGCUGAUGAUGGACUUGACGGGCUUUGGUAGUGAUCUCAUUGGUAGCCUAGCGGAGGAUGGGUUCGACGUUCAGACUUGGCCUGUGAUAGGCGGCGUGCAGCAGAGGGUGAGGGUCCAGUUUGAUACCGCCAUCUAG